AUGAAGACAGAGGAGACGGCAGACGACUUGCGUCCAGCGCCCAGCAGCAGCUUCAGCUACAUCGCCUCACCUCCUAUCUGCCUCGUUGUAGGCGACAUCAGCGUAGCCUAUGCUGAGUUCUUCGUGCAUCAGUCUCUGAUAUGCCUGCGAAGCGAGUUCUUUGUCAAGGCUCUCAGAGGCCAAGGCUCGGCUUCCAACGAGCGUACGGUGUCACUCCCAGAUUGUGAUCCCGAGACCGUCUCUCCUGACCUGGCCCAGACCAACAAACUACCACCCAGAGACCUUGCAGCACACUCCAGCAACAUGACAGACAAGUAUUUCACGCUUGGCAAACUGUACGUCCUCGCAGUGAAGCUUCUCGAUGCCAUCGCCCAGAACACUGUUCUCGACGAGCUCCAUGUACGCGACCGGGAGCAGGAAGACGAGGGUGUCCACAGCCAGCCUAGCCCAGAGACAAUACGAACAAUCUACUGCGAUACGCCGGGUGGCAGUAAGGCGCGUGAGUGGCUCGUAGAUUUAUACGCCAACCACAUCAGCGACGGAGCAUCGUUGAACUUGAUGAUCAUCUUCUGUCCGCGCCCUGCUCAACUCUUGUCCGUCAAGAAGGAGCUUGCAGAGACGAAGACAAAGGCUGAAACGUACCUGAAGGUUACGGUGCAGCAGGGAGCUCAAUUCGCGAAGACUGAGACACAGCUCAGGGAAAGACUUGCACAAACCGAGGGACAGCUGAAGGCAAAGACGGAAUUGUGUGAAGGCAUGCGCAAAGACAUGAACACCAUGCAAGGCCAACGCGACCAGGCCUGGAAAGUAAAGGCUGGCUUGGAAGAAGACCUAAGAAAGGCAAAUGCAGAGGUGGCGGUGUCGAAGCGUCGUGUAACACCCACUUGGGACAGACCGACCUCAGAUGUAUACCGACCUCGUUGA